CCAGCAGAGGGAGCAACAACACAGCACUGCUACAGUUUUCCCUGUCAGAAUGCUGCACAACUUUGUGCCUCGAGAAUGUCUUUGUAAUGCCUCCCGAUCAGCUAUUAAAAUACCAUUGGAUACAUUCUAAUUCCUCUUUAUGCAAAACAAUACUAAAUGUUAUGGAAACAAAAACAGAAAGUUGGAAGGAAUACAUUUUGGUUCUUUAAUACGACAAAUAUACUCUAAAUAUUUCUAAAGGAAACAACAUGGAAGUACCAUGGAUGGUACUGAAGUUUUCAAAAUGAUGCUUAAAAAAAAAGUUACAUUGUGCCCAUUAUUUGUACAUAACAUACCUUGAACAAAUUUACAGAUAAAAAAAAACAUAAAUGUAAUGUUUGCUAUUUCAGGAACUUUGCAAUAUGACAUGAGGAUGAGGUUACUGCACAAAAAGUGUUUUUCAAAGUUGACAGAGUGUUUGUCAGAAAUCCGAUCAGUAAGAGGACAUUACAUGUGCAGAUCCAAAGUCAAAACUUGCACCUUCAAGCUGAUUAAGUGUCAAUCUGAGGUGCAAAAAAUCUUUUAACACUUAAAAUAGAGAACUUCAAGUCACUCCAGUCUUCUCCUCUCAGUUAAGCUUCUUUGAAUAUGUGAGAGACACAUAAUGUAGUAUAUUUUUGGUAUGUUUUAUUUUUGCCUGACGACUUCUACCAUUAGUACUUCUAACACUAUUGCCUGCGUGCAGAAGUAUGUAAUUGAAUACCACAUAAGACAACUUAAUGCAGCUACAGAACAGGUAACAAUCAGCAACGCACCGCAAAUAGAAACCAAAUGGCCUGUGCCAGAUUAACACAAAGAUGUAAUAUUACUGUAUACGUGUCAUAAAUGCAUAUCCCCCUGCUAUUUGGGUUGACGAAACAACAAAUAUGGUAAUUUGAAAAUGACAGCAGUAAACCACAAAUAUCAUUCAAUUCUGAACAGCAGACACGUUUCAUGUGACAGCAGAGGUGGACAGUCAAACACACAGUAGGAGGGAGGUGAGAGGAUAGAAAAAGCAACAAGACAUUAUCAGCCCCCCUCUGCUAAAGUGUGUAUCAAUCUCAUGAGGCAGUCUCGGAGGAGAGUUAGCGGCUCAAAGUUGGUCAUUAGUGCUGUGUGAAGGCGAGCUUUCUGCGUAUAAGGUCGUAGGCAGUGGACUUUCUGCACCCGGCUUUUGAAGGUCUCUAUUGAUUAUUACUUAUUUAACCAACCAUGAAGUCCCUGGGGUUACAUUUGCAUGAAGGCCAAGAUAAAGAUAUCUUGGAAGCAGAAAAUGAGCUGCUACGAAAGGGACACCGUCGCAAACGCGAGUUCAUACCUGAGGAGCGGAAGGACGCCCUCUACUGGGAGAAACGCCGCAAGAACAACGAGGCAGCCAAACGAUCCAGAGAGAAGAGGAGGUUGAAUGACUAUGUGCUGGAGAGUCAUCUCAUAGCUAUGAAGGAAGAAAAUACCAGGCUUAGUGCAGAAUUAACGGCCAUCAAGCUUCACUUUGGUCUGGUCCGUCCUGCAGCCUACACUGGCCUCAAGAGUAACCCACCAUAUCCAAAUGUCCACAGCAGCACUCAGCCAAUCACUGCCACUAACAUGCACCACCGUUCCCUGCAUAGGGAUUACUACUGGGAUGGUAGAGACUCCUCUGUUAUCCCCAGCCACCAACCUGUUUUCUUCCCAGCGUAUGCCUUUCAAACCCUGAGAAGUUAUCCAUAUUUGAACACAUCUGGUUCUGUUGGCUCUGGCCUCCUCACUCCCCUUGUCCACCCACACAAUCUGCUGCCCACCCACUCAUUCCAUCCUGUACCUCCCAUACUGAAGCCCGUUCCUACCAGAGGUAUCUCAGAUGAGGAGGUGGAGGAGCAGCAGGUCCAUGAGAAGAUGUCCCUGUACAGCUCGGCUCCACCUCGCAAAACCUCAUCGAGGGGAGACAGAAACUACUGUUCCCCAAGACAUCACAUGUCUGACUGACUGUCAAAUAAUUAUGCUUUAUUAAUGUGACUUCUCUUUAAGUAAUACCAGAUACUCUUGCUUACACUGCUACUUUUGCUUGAUUCGAUGAAUAUCUCACCAAUAACAUUAUUCUGUAAGCCUCAAAAUAAAAUCAAUUAAUGAACAA